AUGGCUGCCCUUUUCCACGGAAUCCUUGAGAACGCACGCCGAGGUGGUCAACUGGCAGACGUAGAUGUGGCCUGGAAUCCGCUGGCACAAGAUGGACCAGUGGCAGCGAAAGCGAUUUCGACUGUCUUCCGGGAGUCUGCGACUUUGUACCACUGCGACCUCAGUUACUGCUGUAUGGAUGCUGCCAGCUGUGCUCUACUGGGGGAAGGGCUGCGAGACAACCACUCUCUCUACGGCUUGCACAUCGUCGGAAAUGCUGCAACCAUGGACGCGGAUGGCUUUCUCACGCCUCAGAAAAACUGCUCCCUGUUGCCAGACGAACAGCAAAGAUCCAUCAUGUUCGGAGGUCUCCAGCCGGGCCCGGAGGGGCUGCUUGGCUCCAUUCCGAGUUUUGCAGAGGAUGACUUGAAGGGCCGCGAUGUGCUGGAAAUGAAGUCUGCCUGCUGGGCCUGCGAGGGCUGGGUCAGGCAAGAGAUAGAGUGGCCUUAUGACCCGCGAGAUGCUUGCCUUCAUGUGACGGACCCUCCCAAAGCCGUAUGGGCUUUCACGGGCCUGGACUCUUUCCGACGAGCCUUGCGGCUUAGACCUGAAGGUGGCGCGCAUCCAUGCUUCAAAGCUGCGCGAAUGGUUCCACCCGGGCACAGGCUUCAGGUCAUCUUCCAGGUCGACUCAAGGAUUGCGCUUCUUCCGGGAGCAGGAAGAGACAAGUUGGCAGUGCCUGCAGAGCUAACUCUCCGCAUUUGCCAGGAAUUGCCUGAGCUGCAGCCAGAUCCAGGUGGGGUGGUUUGUGCAGGGAUCUCUCCGCGCUCCGGUCGACCCAUCCUCCUUGCCAGCAUAGCGGAAGCGAGCGUAAUCAGCAGGACGCCGCAUGAGGCAGAGACUACCACCGCCGCAUGCCGUGGGGUUGUCACUGAUGGCCCAGCAGAUGGUGCUGCGGUGCUUCUGCCACGGGUCACGGAGGCGGAGUUCAAAGCCAAGGAAAAGCGCUCCCCGCCCUUCUGGACCACCUUCAAGAAAGAGUCCUCGCCACUUGGCAGAUCAGAGUCAU